AUGUUCCAUUAAAAGCCUAUAAAAUCAAAAUGUUGGAAUUGCAAAUAAGAUUUUCUUAUAACCAUUUUGAAAAUUGUAAUUAAAUUUACAUCUAUAUAUCAAACUAAUAUAUAGGUGCCAUAGAUAUUGUUAAUCUUUUCACCUGUGGAAAUGAUGUUAUCUGAUAUAUAUCUUAUUAUAUCAGCAGAUCAUCCUGAUUUGUGGUAUUAUGUAAAUUAUGCUAGUUUUAAAAAGAAGAUUGAGAUUCUAGAUAGACUUAAAGAAUCCAUAAUUUAAAAUAUUAAGUGUAAAUCUAAAUAAAAAGAUUAUAAAGAAGAUGGAUAUCUGAUUAAGUCUGCCUUUAAAUUUCUGAUAACUUAUAAUUUGACCAUAUCAAUUAUACAAAUUAAAUUUGAGGAUACAAUCAACAAAUAAUUUUUAUGUGGAUUAUCAAUCAAAACUAAAGGAAUAAAAUGA